CGGAAGCGGAAGUGGCGGGGGCGUGCGGGUCCCCAUCAUGGCGGCCGCCUGGCCUCCCAGGCAGGCUGCUGGUGCUAAGCUUGUGGCUACCCAGUUUUUGGGUGUCCUGUGGUUCGUGGCUGUCACCACAGGAUCUUGGGGAGCUGCUGCCACGCCCGGCGAGGAGACGAUGAAGUGCGAGGAUCUCAGAGUGGGACAAUAUAUUUGUAAAGAUGCAAAAAUUAAUGAUGCUACCCAAGAACCAGUUAACUGUACAAACUACACAGCUCACGUUCAAUGUUUUCCAGCACCCAACAUAACUUGUAAGGAUUUUUAUGGGAAUGAAACACAUUUUACUGGAAAUGAAGUUGGUUUUCUCAAGCCCAUAUCUUGCCGAAAUGUAAAUGGUUAUUCAUACAAAGUUGCGGUUGCCUUGUCUCUUUUCCUUGGAUGGUUGGGAGCAGAUCGGUUUUACCUUGGUUAUCCUGCCUUGGGCUUAUUAAAGUUUUGCACUGUAGGGUUUUGUGGAAUUGGGAGCCUAAUUGACUUCAUUCUUAUUUCAAUGCAGAUUGUUGGCCCCUCAGACGGAAGUAGCUACAUUAUAGAUUAUUAUGGAACCAGACUUACAAGACUGAGUAUAACUAAUGAAACAUUUAGAAAAACACAGUUAUAUCCAUAAAUAUUUUUAAAAGAAACGGAUUUGGGCCUCCUUGCUCUGAGUCCAGACUCUCAGUAUGUGUGGAUUGCUAGGGUUUCCUUUGCAUUCUUCUUCAUCUGCCCCUUCAUGGUUUUUCUGAUUACUUAAAAAUCAUAUUACCUGAAGAUUUAUUUAGCAGGACUUUGGGGGAGAGCGAUAUGAUAAUAGAGUCUUUCUUCUGCCGUCGUCUCUAUGAGACAGAAAGUUAUUACCCCGGCAUCCUUUAAUGUCUUUCCCAAAGGCAGGUAGCUACUUGUCAUUUUGGCUUCUGAAUAAUAAAGGUAUGACUUAU